CAGCUACUGUCGUGAUUCAUUUCGGCACACGUGUAGCUGUUGUCAUUCUGUUCAAGUAAUGUUAUCAAAUGAUUAUAGUUUAUGAUUGCAAAUGUAUAAAGUAAAACAUCGGAAUAACAUAUAACUGCUUGUGCACACACGGUGGAUACACUGAAUAUAAAGUCUGCUCUUCCCUGUGUUUGAUCGGUUCGGUUCUGGUCUGGUUAAAGAUGUUCGUGGUAGUUGAGAUGGUGGACACAGUCCGGAUCCCUCCGUGGAGUUUCCACCGACACCUGAAUGACGCCAUCGCAGAAGAACUUAACAAGAAACUCGCCAACAAGGUUGUGUAUAAUGUGGGUUUAUGUAUCUGUCUUUAUGACAUCACUAAACUGGACGAUUCUUACAUCUUUCCGGGAGACGGAGCAUCUCACACUAAAGUUCAUUUCAGAUAUGUGGUGUUUCAUCCGUUUCUGGAUGAGAUUCUUGUGGGAAAGAUUAAGGGCUGUAGUGCAGAAGGAGUUCACGUCACACUUGGAUUUUUUGAUGACAUCAUAAUCCCACCGGAGUCGCUACAGCAACCGGCUAAAUUCGACGAGGCGGAGCAGGUGUGGAUGUGGGAGUAUGAGACGGAUGAAGGUGCACAUGACCUGUACAUGGACCAGGGAGAAGAGAUUCGUUUCCGGGUCAUGGACGAGGUUUUUAUCGACACCUCACCCACCGGUCCCAGUACAGAGAAAGACUCCUCCAGUGCGGCGGGCACAGCCGGCACAGCGCCACCUGCUGGCACAGAUGACAGCGCACAACAGAAAGAAUCUCCAUACACUCUUAUAGGUUCUGUGAGUGAACCGGGUCUGGGUCUUCUGUCCUGGUGGAAUAGUUAACAUCUCUGUAUCCAUAGCAACAGAAGUUUAUCACUGCAGAUGUGUCACACUUUAAUGAACUGAGCUGAUUGACAGCUGCACGGACCAAUCAGUGAGCAGAAUGUGCUGAAAAACACAAAACACAUAACGUAACUUAUUAAUAAUCAUUUAAAUAGAAUUAAUAAGUUGUGACGUUGGUCUUGUUUAGGGGAUUGUAAAGAUUUAAAUAAAGGGUUUGCUGUGUUUGUUGUACAGAGAAAUGAAUUUCCACAGGAUUAGAUAUGGAAAAUCUCAUUUGUUUGGGUUUCUAGCUUGCUUUGAUAUUAAAAUAUAUUUAAAGUUA